AUGGUGCAGAAUAUUAGAGACAUGGAUGAAUUAAAAGCACUUUUGAAAUCUGCCGAAAACAAACUUGUAGUAAUUGAAUUUUCAGCAAAAUGGUGUGGUCCUUGCAAAAGAAUUUAUCCUCUUUUUCAUGAAAUGUCUGUGCAAUACCGAAACGUCCUGUUUGCUAGCGUGGAUGUGGACGAUGCUCGGGAGUUGGCCCAAAUUUAUCACAUCAAAGCAAUGCCCACAUUUCAGAUGUUCAAGCAAGCCCAGAAGGUAACCCUAUUCUCAAGAAUCAAAAGAGCAAUUUGCUGUUAUAGAAGUGGAUCCCUGAGCGAGCCGAUUUUUGAACUUUGUGGAACUGAUGCUAAAAAACUGGAAGAAAAGAUUCGAGAACUAAUGUAA